GAUAGGAGGACGUUGUCGAGGCACUGCCAAGGAGGUGAGUUCAGGGAAAAUCCAUUUUCAGCCUCAAGCCACGUUCACCACCUCUAUAAUAUCCAGUAUGGCUGAAGAAAUGCCUUCAUGGACCUCAGAAAGGUUUGUUGAUAAAGUAUACAUUUCAAAGAGAAGUAUCCGGAAAAACUUAAUAAACAAAAUGCACUACGUUUCCCACGUGCCCUCAGAGAGUGUAAAAGUCAACACUGCUCACAAAGUGGAAAGUGACUCUAACCCAUCUGAUAAUGACGAUACUGAUUCCCUCUCAGGUAGUAGCUACACUGGGAUGAUUUAUUUAAACCCACAAACACCUACAUGGACUCUGGCUGAGAAGUUUGCUGGGCUCAACUCUGGAAAAGACAAGAGACUGUCUCUCAAUCAGGACCUCUGUAGUCCUCCAGGUUCACCUGCAGCCAUUAAACAUAAUGUUGCCAAUAGGAGAGGUUCUACAGGUCUGGAGGGGGUCUACUCAGACUCGUCACAACAGGAGGAAGGCAACAUCAAGAAUAGUACGAAAAGACUUCUGCAGAGGAAAGUGUGUAGCGGUGAUCCUUCCGAUCUGAAGCUGCGUCUGGUGAGAGAGAUCAGGCCCAAAACCAAGGAGUCUCUGUCUGAUGUUAGUCAUGAUGUGCGUGAUGUACGUGGUAACAAGGGGAGUUGGAAGGGUGGAGAACCGCUAGUCAUUCACCCUCCACUAAACAAGGCUUUGGCCAUGAUUGAUGCCUGUGAGGAUAAGGUGCCUAUAGUGUUUCCUGCCAUGAAGAAACGUGGAGUGGAGGGAGACACAGAGAACCGGCCCUACAAGUGCACUCACUGCAACUGGGCCUUUAAGAAGUCCAGCAAUCUGCAGAGUCAUCUGGAUACUCAUAGUGGCCUGAAGCCUCAUAUAUGUGACCUGUGUGGCAAAGCCUAUUCUCACCAAGGCACACUGCAGCAGCACAAGCGCCUGCACACUGGAGAGAGACCGUACCACUGCCCCUUCUGUGAAAAGACGUACAUCUGGUCCUCCGAUUACCGCAAGCACAUUCGCACGCACACCGGAGAGAAACCGUACGUGUGCGAGACCUGCAGCAAGGACUUUGUGCGCUCCUCGGACCUGCGGAAGCAUGAGCGCAACAUGCACACCAAUGAAAAACCCUUCCCGUGCACGCAGUGCGGCAAGACCUUCAACAAGCCACUGUCCCUGCUCCGCCAUGAGCGCACUCACCUGGGCGAGCGGCCCUUCUGCUGUCCUAUCUGCGGGAAAGCCUUUGCCGUGGCCAGCCGCAUGGCAGAGCACCAGAAGGUGCACACCGGGGUGAGACCCUACACCUGCCUGGUCUGCACCAAGUCCUUCACCAAGUCCUCCAACCUGCUGGAGCACCAGGCCGUACACAGCGGUAUCCGCCCCCACAAGUGUCCUCAGUGCGGGGUGGCAUUCGCCAUGGUGUCCCGCCUGAUCCGUCACCAGCGUGUCCAUACCGGAGAGAGGCCCUACGACUGCACAGGCUGCAGCAUGUCAUUCAGCCGCACAGCUGCUCUGAAGCGCCACCAGGAGCAGACGUGUGCCGGGAGGAUCUUUGUCUGUAUGGAGUGUGACAAGGCUUUCCAGUGUGCCUCUCAGCUCACUGAGCACAUGGUGAGCCAUGAAUGACCCUACUGCUGCUGCUGCUACUGCUGCUACUGCUGCUACUGCUGCUACUGCUGCUACUGCUGCUUCUGUUGUUGAAAACACUGAAGACUUAUUUAUGCUGUUUGGGAGCUACCCUCUCAUAGAGUACAAAGAGUUGGUCUAAUCAACCUUACUGAUCUAUACAUGCUACGCUCUUAGAAAAAAAGGUUCCCAAAGCGUUUUUCGGCUGUCCCCAUAGGAGAACCCUUUUUGGUUCCAGGUAGAUAGCACCUUUUUUGAAGGACAACAUCCUGCUAGGCUGCUAAGCCUUAAAAUACAGUGCCUUCAGAAACUAUUCACACCCCUUUCCUUUUUCACAAGUGCCCUCAACCGGUAUGAUGCAUUUUGCAUCAUAUGAUGUUGCGUUUUCCAUCAUAGGAUGCUCAAUGCAUCAUACAUGUUGUAUUUCUGUAUUUUAUCUUGAAGUUGUAUAUCUUGAAAACUUUAUUUGCUGACAUGGAAAACAUUUUGGGACUAUAUAAAAAAUGGACUAUUGAAACAAAUACCAAAAGAUGGUUUUGGGGUGGAAUUUUCCUUUCAUGGCCGUGAUAGGAGAAAACUGAGGAUGGAUCAACAACAUUGUAGUUACUCCACAAUACUAACCUAAAUGACAGAUUUUAAAAGAAGGAAGCCUGUACAGAAUACAAAUAU